CCAAACCCAACACCCCCUUUCCCUUGGUCUCGCAAUCGGAGAAGAAGAAGAAAGGCUAGAAGAAUGAGCAGCAUCGGAACUGGUUACGAUCUCUCCGUCACCACAUUCUCCCCGGAUGGCCGUGUUUUCCAGGUCGAGUACGCUUCCAAAGCCGUCGACAACAGCGGGACUGUUGUUGGGAUCAAGUGCAAAGAUGGGAUUGUUAUGGGUGUGGAGAAGCUCAUACAAUCGAAGAUGAUGCUACCUGAUUCCAAUAGAAGAAUACAUUCUGUUCAUCGCCACUCUGGCAUGGCUGUGGCAGGAUUAGCAGCAGAUGGUAGGCAAAUAGUCGCAAGGGCCAAGUCUGAAGCUACAAACUACGAGAAGGUAUAUGGUGAACCGAUUCCUGUGAAAGAGCUUGCUGACAGAGUCGCGAGUUAUGUUCAUCUAUGUACUCUAUAUUGGUGGCUCAGACCGUUUGGAUGUGGAGUAAUUCUUGGAGGUUAUGACAGAGAUGGACCGCAAUUGUACAUGGUUGAACCUUCUGGUGUUUCAUAUAGGUAUUUUGGUGCUGCUGUUGGCAAGGGAAGACAGGCUGCUAAAACAGAGGUCGAGAAGUUGAAGCUUUCCGAAUUGACCUGCCGCCAAGGAGUUAUUGAAGUUGCCAAGAUAAUUUAUGGAGUACAUGAUGAGGCAAAGGACAAGGCAUUUGAAUUGGAAAUGAGCUGGGUGUGUGAUGAAUCAAACCGCAGGCAUCAGAAGGUCCCAGAUGACCUUUUAGAGGAAGCCAAGGCAGCAGCUAAAGCGGCACUCGAGGAAAUGGAUGCAGAUUAGAACCUUUGUCAUAUUUUCCCCCUCCCAACAGUUGUAUUUCUUUGAUGAUCAUGGAAUCAUUCGAAACAUUUAAAACUUAUGUUAAGAUAGACUGGCAGGUUUACUUACUCCCUGUAUCAUUUGACUGUUGAUUUUGAACUGAGAUACUUUUUAGUUCAAGUAAUUCAUGUUUGCUAUCUUUGUAGUA